AUGACUUCAGUUAUUGAAAUUGAUAAUGUUAGUAAUAAUGACACUGAACUUGGUGGUGAGUUUUUGCCCUGGAAUGGUUUAGAGUCAUUUUUCGUAUUCAACAAAGCAAAUGGUAACAAUAUAAAUGCAAAAUGCGUUUUGUGUGGCCCUUCGGGAAAAUGUAUAAGUACAGCUAAAAAUACAUCAUCUAAUCUAAAACGGCAUGUUAAGAGAGUUCAUCCAUAUAAAAUGGCUGCUUUUGAAAAAGCUAUAAAAGAAGGGAAAAAAAAUGCUUCAGUUAAAAAAGAAAAAUGGGGUUCAUUGGAGAAUGCGAAGAAGGAUGCGGUGCAAUCAAAUCUUGAGAAAUAUGGAACUGAUAAAGGAUAUGAGAGUUUUAAAAUAAAUCAAAAAGUUUUAGACCAACUUGUUGUAAAUUUUGUUAUUAGUGAAACACAACCUUUAUCAAUAGUUGAUAAACCAUCGUUUGUAAAUUUGGUGAAGUUAGGCCUUCCUAAAAACCUAAAAGUUAUUUGCAGUAAAACUUUAAAAUUACGUAUUAAUAGCCUUUAUUUAUCAAUGGUUGAAAAUAUUACUUCAAUACUUGGAGAUAUUAUGUAUGUUGCAACCACAGCUGACUGUUGGAGUAAAGGUAAAAGAAGUUAUAUUGGGGUUACUUGUCAUUGGAUAGAUCAAAAGACUCUUCAGCGUCAUUCAGUAUCUUUAGCCUGUAGCCGAAUAAAAGUAAGGCAUACAUAUAUUGUUUUGGCUUCUGCUUUGUAUAAGAUUCAUACAUCCUAUAAAAUACAAAACAAGAUAGUUGCUACAACAACUGACAGUGGCUCAAAUUUUGUAAAAGCUUUUAAAGCAUAUACUGUUUCCGAAAACUCAGACUAUGACGAGGAUAGUAAUGAUGAAGAAGAUAAUGAUGAUUUAUACAGUGAAAAUGAGUUUAUAUGA